AAGAUAAUGUUGCAUCGUGUCAAGCAGCCACUGUUUACUAUAAGACAUUAUAGUACACAGUUAACUGGCUAUCGAAAAUAUGCUCAACAGUUCAAGAGUAAGCCAGGAUCUUACAUGACAGCAUUUGCUGUGCUUCAUGAACUCACUGCCAUUGCACCUUUUCCUGUCAUCUACUAUGCACUUGAUGCAUCUUCCAUCGCAAUACCCUUUUCAAGUUCUCUUGUCGAAGAAGGCAACAAGUUUAUUAAUAAAGUAAGGGUGCGUUACGGAUAUGAGCAACUUGAACCUGAUAAUAAGGUCAUGAUUCAUCUUGUGACGACAUAUUGUAUUGUCAAGGCAUUACUUCCUGUUCGUUUAGCUGCCUCAGCUGCUAUGACACCUAUGGUCGCAGAAAAGCUCAUUUCUCCUUCUGUUCAGUUUAUACGACGACGUGUUCUCUCAAAACAAUAAAUCUUCUUUAUUAUCUGAAUUAGCCUUAGCUGCAUCGGCAUCCAUGCCCAAGAGGAUGACUUUUCGUAGUCUGUCUAGACGAUCUCUUUGUAUCUGUAAUAACUCUUCCAUGUCCUCGUCUUCCUCCAUGUUAUUAGGUGCUGUGUUAAAGUCAUCACUUUGUAAGGUAUAGUCCAUUUCUUGAUCUAGGCUACUCGAUUUUUCUGUUGAUUGUUGUUGUUGUUGUUGCU